ACUGCAGGUAAAUUUGGGAUCAUCGCAUGUGAGUUGUGUGACGGAAGGAAUAAAGACAACGCGAAGAGAAUUUGUUGAAUUAUUUUGCUGUUCUAUGCGAAUUUUGCGUUGAAAAGUGCUUGAAAAAUGGAAGAAGAUUGCGACCGGGUGCUGCAUAAGAUCCUCCAGCAGGAGGAAAUUGAGCAGAUCCCCGUGGAAUUGCGGAAGAAGCUUGAAGAUUUCUACUCGGAGCGUCUCAGUGAAUUCUACACCGCAAAGGCACUUCAAUUGAAUAUUGAGAACAUCCGGCAGGAAUUAGAGACAAAAAAUGGCGAUUUGGUGGCAAAACUCCAGGAUAGUGAGGCAAAGCUUCAAUCCUACGAUGAAUUGAUUAAGGAAUUGCGCCAGCAACUUGACACAACUCGCAGUGAAGUGAUCAAGUUGCAGGACACAGUGGCGCGGUAUGAGAAGGAAGUCUAUGAGUGUCGUCGUGAGAAGAAUGCUGCUGUUGAUGAGCGGGAUUCGCUGCUAAAGAUGGUUGAGAGGCGCGAUGGGGAGUUGGAGCGUCAGAGUCACGAUAUUGCCACACUUCAGGGGCAACUGCAGGCAGCAAUUGCAGCCAAAUGCGAAGCUCUGGCUAAGAUGGAUGACAUUGAGAGCAAGGAGAUUAGUUUGAAUUUCAAGGAGAAGCGCAUGGAGCAGGAGAAGGAGAUGCUAACAAGUCAGAUUGUUACUCUCCGGGAGGAUCUCAAUCGGAACAUUGCUGAAAUGCAGACAAUCCGUCGUGACAGCACUGUGAACAACAUCAAGCUCGAGACUCAACUCACCCAGAAGACUGAAGAACUUCGGAUUUCUCAGAGCACCAUUGGGCACCUGGAGGAAGCCAAUGCAUCCCUUGUGACGAAGCUGGAGGAGCUCCAGACAAAGCUGCGCGAGAUGCACGAGGAAUCCGAUAAAGUUAUCAUGACGUACCAGAAGGAGUUGGCCUCGAAGACGAAACUCGUGGAGAUGCUGAAGGAGUCUGCGAAUGAGAAUCAGGAGCAAAUCAAGGAGCUAACGGACUGUAUAACGGAGCACAAGAAACUCCUUGAUGAGGCAACGGAGAAGAGUGGGGAGUUGGAGACAAAACAGAAGGGGAUUGAUGUGAAGCACGCUGAAGAGCUGGAGGAACGUGAGGCGACAAUUCAGCAGCUUCGGCAGGAGAUUGAGCACGCCAAUGAGUUGCUGAAGGAAGUUCAGGAGCAAAACUUGGAGCACGCCAUCCAGCAACUUGCUCCAUCGGCAGCAGCUACGAGCAGGAUGAUUAAGUCCGGAAUGACCCUCACCGAGAUCUACACGAUGUACGUCAAGGCAACGGAGGAGCUGCAGGUAACAAAGAAGGAGAACAACCGGCUAAACCUUCAAAUCCGGACGAUCCUUCAGGAAUUGGAGGAGAAGGCUCCGCUGAUUAGGAAACAGAAUUUGGAGUAUCAGAAAAUUGAAGAGGCCAACGCUGAGUUGAGUCAGCAGCUUGACAAUCUCAUGAAGCAACGCGUUGAGUCGGUGGAGGAGUUCAACAACACCGUAGCCAAGCUGAGCUACCUCGAUCGGGAGAAUAAGAAACUGAAGCAGAGUCAGGCUGAUCUCGGUCGGCAGGUUUGUUUCCUCGUCAAGGAGAUUGAACAAAUGCGCGGAGGUUUUACGUCAGAGCACGAUCAGUCCAUUACAUCAGACAUGUCAGCCAAUGAGGUGAUUUCCAAGAAGCUCGUCACCUUCUCCGACAUUCAGGAGUUGCAGGAGAACAACCAGAAACUCCUGAGUGUUGUGCGGGAUCUGAGUUCGAAGCUCGAGGAGAUGGAAGAGGCUGAAGCGAGUAUGGACAAGGCGUCGUAUGAGGCAAAGAUUGCCACCUACUCCAAACGCCUGAGCGAACUCCAAGCUGCUCAGGAGUAUCAGACACAAAUGAUGAACGUCUGUAUGCAGCAACGGGAUCGUUAUCAGAAACUCUAUCAGGAUGUUCUCAAGAAUAGCGGGAAGAUCUUCAAUCUGGACGGCUCCCUAAGUGGACAGGAUCAAAUGGAGACAAUGGAAGAGGAGACUCCUCUCGCUUCCAACAGCAGCGUGACCUCCAAUGAAAAUACCCAAAUUAAAGACAAAAAGAUCACCGAACUCGAAGGCAAGAUCAAGGAAUCAGCUGAGCAGCUAAAGACGCUCAAGGAAGAAUAUGAGAACUACCGCAAGGAACGUGCAACGAAUGAAAAGAUGCUAAAUGAGCAAUUUGAGACGAUGCGCAGUGAAAUUCUCUCUUUGACAUCGUCAAAUUGCAAACUAAUGUCAACGGUUGAAUUCAACACGGAACAGAUUAAGCUUCAACAGAAGAAUGCAGCAACGUACAAGAAGCAAAUUGAGACACUUGAGGCACGCAAUAAGAACUACGAGAUCUCCAUUGUGAAGCACGAACAGACAAUAAUGAUUCUCAAAGAUGAAGUAAUGAAAUCCCAGAAGAGUCUCACAACAGCCGAGGUUACAGCGCAAAAUCUGAAGCAAGAACUACAAAUUCUCCGUGAUGCUGAAUCACGUCUCAGGGCAGAACGGGAUGCUCUGCACCGGGAGAGGCAUAGCAAUAAUCUCCUGAUGAAUAAUUUGGAGAUGCUAAAGGUAAGUUUUGAACGCUCAGAGGCGGAGGGGAAACUCCGGCUGGAGUCACGCCUUGAUGAGGCAACGCGUGAAUGUUCCGGGCUUAGGAGGCGUCUGCAAGAGGAACAGGAUCGUUUCCGUGAAUUGGCUCAAGAUCUUGAGCGUCAAACGGAGACAGCAAAGAAGCGUAUGCACGAUGAGGUGGCUCAAGUGGAUAAGAUUCGUGAUGAAUUGCGUCAGAGCAGGGAAGACGUAGCAGCGAAGACGAAACAAAUUGAGGAACUUAGCAGGAAGCUUCAGGACAGCUUGACACCGCAUAAAGGUGAUAAUCCCAUUGCUCAGGCACAGAAACGUGUAAAGGAGAUUGAACUGCAGAACAGUGAGUAUCGCAUGGAGAUUGAAUCACUGCAAAAGGAACUCAUGACGACGAAGGAGAAUGUGCAGCAGUACUAUAAAUUGUCGGAGAAUGCUGAGAAGGAAUUGCGAGAUAUGAGUACGGAAUAUGAAGCCUUCAAGGCGGCAACAAAUGCUGAGUUGACAAAACUCAAAGAGAGCGAAGCUGCGCUGAAAAUGCGUGUUGAAGAACUAGAGACGGAGAUAUCACUUCAGAUCACGGGAGCUCAACUAAAUCUCGGGCAGGAUGAGACGAAACAACUGCAGAAGGCUCAAGUUGAGCUACGGGAUGUCCUGCAGAAGUUGAGUGAGGCAAAUCGUGAACUGCGUGAUGCAAGAGAUGAGCAGAAUAGCCUGAGGAGUGCUCUGCAGAGUGUUGAGGCGAAGUAUGCGAACGAAAUGGUGCUUCAUUCGAGCGAUCUCCAGGCAAUGAGUAGCCUUAAGGAUGAUGUGAAUAAGUUGAAGGAAGACGUUGGGAAAUACAAAAUUCAGCGUGAUCGUGCAAUUGAGGAGCUUGAAUGCACAAAACGUGGCUGGCAGGAAACUGAGAAGCACGUUCAGGCUGAACGGGCUGCCAUGGAGGAGCGUCUUAAGGAUCUCGAUGCACAGAAUGCGGUCCUGCAUAAUCAGUUGCAGGAACUAAGUUCAAAACUAACAUUUGUCGGCUUUGGUGGACAAGAAGGACAAGACAGGGAUGAUUCAAGCGUUGCAGACUCUUCCCUGAUCAACAGAUCAAUCACCGAUGAAGAUGCAAAGACAAACCCAGGGCAGUUGUUGCAGAUCAUCAAGUAUUUGCGCAAGGAGAAGGACAUUGCGUAUGCCGAAGUGGAUGUUUUGAGGGCAGAAAACAUUCGUAUAACAUCUGAGACGAAGUUGCUGCAAAAGAAGUUGGAAGAUAUGAGUUCAGCCCUGAUGAAUGAACGAACAAAGUCCGAAGUUGAGAUUGUUAGUGCGAGUAAGCAUGAAGAUAUUCUGCGGAAGAUGGAGACACUCAAUGCCAUUACGGAUAGCAAUAGGAGCCUGCGCGAAGAACGGGACUUGCUUCAAGGGAAGAUUAGGGAUCUAACAGAUCACGUAGCGAAGGUUGAACUGGAGUUGUUCCCACUUCAGGAGAAGAAUCGCGAGAUUCAGGCAAAGAUUGAUGAGCGUGAAGCUGAGAAUGCCACCCUUCGUGUUGAGGUACAGCGUUGGCGUCAACGGGCAAAUCAACUUAUUGAGCGUAACAACAAAACAAACCCAGACAUCUAUAAGAAUCUUCAGAAUGAGCGUGAGAGUUUGGCGAAGAUGUUGACGAAUGAACGGGAAAUUAUGAAGAAGACGCAAGAAGAGUUGACGAGUUUGAAGGCUGAGCGGACACGUGUUGAUGCCGAAAUGGCGAAUCUGACGAAACAAGUCUUCACGUUAACGGAUGAGAAUAAGAAGCAAACGGAAGUGUUGCAGAAUCAACAGGCAAACAAUACAAAAUUGCUGCAUGAGUUGAUGGAAGUGAAGAACUCCAUUCUCGUGAAGGAGGAUGAAGUGAAGAAGUUAACGGAUGAGAUUGCAACCAAAGAAGCAACAAUGACUGAAGUGAAGAAUAAGGAGAUGCAAAUUAGGAAGAUUGCCAAACGCUACAAGGAUCUCUACUAUGAGCUGAAGAAUAAGGAGGGUGAGAAGGAGACGGAUGCAACUGAGGAGACCGGACAGGCCAUUGAACCGGGAACAUCGAAGCAGGAUCAGGCGUCACUUCAGGAGAAGGUUACCGAGCUAAAUGCUCAAUUGUUUAGCAAUCAAGAGGAGAUAGAUGCCCUGAAGAAGGACAAUGAAACCCUCAAGCAGCUUCGUGAGGCAAAUGAGAGGAAUAUGCAGCUGCUCAAGGAUGCAAAAACAAAACUCAUAACCAUGCAGGAGUCAAAGGGAACAAUUAGCAGGGAAUUGGCAAAUGCAAAGAAUCAACUUCAGUCUGUUGAGCAAUCGCACGAUCUGGUGAUUGCUGAGCUAAAGGGGCAGUAUGAGAGCCGUUUGGCGCGCCUUGAGAAGGAAUUGGGUGAGAGCAAGGAGAAUCAGGAUACAAUAGUUCGUCUUCAGCGUGACAAUGAAGCCCUUGUUUUGCGUGUUAAUCAACUUCUGCGACAACUCCAGAUGCCACAGGGUGCUAAGCCGUCAACGAGUACAAGUACAACGGAUAAGAGCAUCAGUGAGUCCCCAAGGACGGCAAAUGUCAAGCCAAUGGCUGGUCCGAGUCACCAAUCGGCCACUGUUACCCCAUGGAGAGGCGGUGAGACUCCAUUGGCGAGUAUUCGUCCAAUGUCCGUGCAGAAUCGCACAGCAGCUGUACUCCCAACGAAUGUUGCCGCAGUUCAAGGAUCAAGCUCAAGUGUAACAGCCUUGGUGCCGCCACAACAACAAGUUCAUACAACUGGCAAUAAUUCCGGUGAGGCGAUGUCUUCAUCACCAACCAGCUCGCACACAGACUACAUGCCAGCAACGAGUUCAGCAGCCGUUGUCGUGGCAGCUGUACCACCAAUGGGAACAGCUUCAACACCAGCUGAGAGCUCCCAAGAAGCCGAAAGUAUCCCAACGGGUAACAAUGGGGAAUCCUCCUUUUCAUCAUCAACAUCGCAAUUGGUUGUAUCCGGUGGGCAGCAACAGCAGGCAGUUGCUCUUGUUUCUCCACGCGUUGAGGGGGGAACAUCAUCACAGAACAUUAUUGCGCCGCAGAUUAAUGAACAAAGUCAAACUCCAAGUACUUCCGGGACGUCAUCCUCCUCGUCGGCCCUGUCGAAUCAAGCCGUUGCAAUUAGUAGUCAUCAUCAGGCGUCAUCCAGCAGCACGGUGACUACCACACAAGCGGGAACGCAUAAACGCCCCAGAGAUGUCGAGGGAGACAGUUCAACGGGGAAUGCUGAAGAUACUGGGGACAAGGCACAGCCACAGAUGAAACGAACACGUGUUCAGGCUGGUGAAACAUUCCAGGGUGUAAGUGAGUCAGGAUUAGAUGUUGAAUACCAAGUUCCAACGUCGUCGCAGCGUGAUCAGGAGGAUGAUAUAAUUGUGGUUGAUUCGGAAGAGGAGGAAGACGAUGGGAUGGCCGAUGAGGGAACACCCGAUGAUGGGCCAUUUGAUGAUGAAGCCGACAACGGGGAGAGCUACGAGAUGGAAGGGUAUGAGCAGGAGCAAGAGAUGGUGAACUACGAUGAGGGCGAUGGACCGGAUAUUGAUGAUGUUCCCUCAGAUAAUAAUGAGGUGGAGGUUGAUGAUAGCAAUGAAAUUCCCAAUCAGUCGGGUAGUAGUUCGAGCAAUGGUGGGCAGAUUGCCCCAGAUGCAGGUAGUAGUACGUCACAGGUGGGUCAGAGUGGGGCUGAAAUAUCGCCAGAGCAACCAAUUGAGGGCUCAUCGUCGGCGCAAACGGCAGAAGUGCAGCAAAUUCAGACAAUUAGUAGUGGCAGUGAAGCUGGGUCGUCGACAGCUGUUGCAACGCCUUCAUCGCACAACACGUGGCGUCAGAUGGCGCCGCGUCAGCAACAGUCUACGUCGCAUUUGGUGCUGAUUCAGCAAUCGUCGUCGGGGUAUGAACCAGAGACGGGUGAUGAGAGGAUUGUUCCGAGUACGCCAACAUUGUUUGCCCCACGACGGGCGGAUGGUUUCAGUGAGGCAAUUAGUUCGCCACAUCCGCAAGUUCCGCAUGCAGCGAGAUUCACCUUCACCGAAGCCACGCGUGCCAAUCAAUCGGCUCUCGUGCCAGGAGUUGAGGGAAUGGAUGAUACGCAGAUUGAUUUGUCGCAAUUGGAUGAAGCGAAUGCCUCAACAACGGGACGAAGUGUCCCAAAUACGCCAAAACUCAUCUCCUCGCCGCAUGAUGUUGAUGCGGGUGAGGGUUCAAGCCAGCAGACAACGGUGCAGCAGUCACAGGCGCAACAAACAGCCGAUGAUCAGUCCCAUCAAGGGGAUGAGCAGCAAGAAGCGGAAGAUUUACGUAAAGACCCAGAAGCGGGUACGAGUCAAAUGCAACCGGAGAUUGUUAUUCAACACGUUGAUGAUGAGGAGAAUGACGAUGAAGACGAUGACGACGAUGAGGAUGAAGAUGAUGAUGGAACAGAUGAAAAUGAUUCGGAAACUCUCGCGCACACAGCAUCAACAUCCGAUAGAGCCAAGUCUGAUAAGGAGGAUUCCAAUUUGCCAAGCGGUGAGGAGCCCGAGGGGACGGAUGGUGUUAGUUCUGAAGGUGAAAAGGCCCCAGGAACUGAGGGGAUUGAGAUUGAGGAGGGACGCGAAGCUGAGGCAUCAACAACACCAAGUAUUAAUACGCGUUCCCGUUCAGCGGGAUUACAGCCAACGCCGCAAGUGGCGAGACGCGGUGUUGGACGCCCAGCACGUGGAAGGACACCAAUUGUGUGGAAUCAAGGAGGACGCGGUUCAAUGGGCGUCAGGGCUCAGCCUGUGAUGCAGGAACCGAAUUCAGUGAAUCGCAACACGUUCCAACAAUCACCACGUGGUCAACGUGGACGACGAAUGCGUCGACCAAGUGGAAACUUUUUGCGGUACUAAAAAACUCAAUUUUCUCUCCUCUCCUCCUCCCACCCUUUAUCACGUGUUAGCAUCUAGCCCCUGCCCUGUCCCUUCCCUCCGUAUCAAAAGCAUUUCCAUAAGAAAAAAAAAUAUUGGAAUUAUAAUAAAAAAAAAUAGAUAUAAAAAAAAGAAAACAACAUAAACAGAAACAUAAUACAGGCAUAACCCCUCAAGAAAUAAACAUUUUAAUUAAUUAAUUAAUUAUUUUUAUUAAAUGGUAUAGAAACCCGUUUUUUUGAUCAAGUUGUAAUAAUUAAAAACUUUUCACUUUCAUUCUUGGACAUUGAAGAAAAAUCAUUUUGUUGUAAAACUUUGAACUGAAAAGGAUAAUGAUUCUUUUUUUUUUUUUUAAAUAAAGAUGAGUUGAGAAAUAAAUAAUUGUAGACGAUGGUAAAUGAUGGAAAAUAGAUCAGUAAGAGAUACAAGAAGAAAUAAAGAAUUUCAGCGUAAA